CUGCCCCGGCCGGUCCUCGAACGAGCAGCACGAGUUCUACCGACACCGACAUUCGCGGUCGGCAUCGCGAAACCGCUGCCACCAUAUCCUCCACAACACCCUGACUGUCUGCUCGAGCAGCCGAGCGUUCGCCCAGAACAAAGAUGCCUGGCAAAGCCGAAGGGUUGGUCCUGACCGUGGAUCCCAACGUCAUCCACAAGGUCGACACGAACAAUGCCCAGAACCUCUUCAGCAUGUGGACCGUGUUUUCCCGAUGUGCCGACUCCGUCGAGCAGGGUCGAAGACUAGAGAACCUGAGCUGGCGGUUAUGGAACAGGGAGACCUUCUGCUGCGAGGCCAAGGCCUUAUCUGCUGCCGCCGCCGCCGCCAGCGCCACCGUCACAUUGCCCAAGGACAUCCCGGAGCAGCAGCGAAUACCUGACGUCCCCCAAUUGUCGGGCAGCGUCGAUUCCGUCGUUGACGAGGAAGCCAUCGACCUGACCACCAUCUCCGACCCCGUGGAGAUCGUCCGCCCGCGCAUCGUCCGACAAGACUCCUGUGCUAGCAGCCGGAGCCGUGGUCGUGAGCGUCACAUAACCUCGGACCAUCUCGAGAAGAUGGUCGUCUCUAUUAUACAGGAGAGGGAGCCGAACCUGGCGCCGCUCUCUGACACGAGCUCUGCUUCCGUCGAGUCGUCCGACGUUGAACACACUCAGUCAUCCUGCCCCGAGACCGAGCAGACCCCUACCACCCCGACCACCGAGUCUACCUGCCAGUCCACCGACGCCUCCUUACAAUCUCUAUCGCAGCCCAAGACCCCGGAAACCCCUGCCACGACCGUCGUGCGAGGGUUCUCGCCGUCAGAGGCUCCGUUGUUCCGUGCCUCCCACGAGCUGAAGAUGGCGAAGCCGGACCCGAUCCCUGAGCCGCGGGCUUCGCCUGCCCCGAAACUGGUGCAGUCCAAGAAGGUCCCCCAAUUUAAGCCCGGUGACUCUUCUAGCAACGAGUCCGCGCCUCGGAGCCUGGAGGUUCGCCAGCCCCUCGCCCCCCCGCAACCUCCUAAGAGGAAGAUGUUCGAGGUUGGGAUGGGCUCGUCCGGGGAAGACGAGGCCUCGUCGCUGAAGAGUGCCAUGCACUCCCGGCAGGUCUCUCUGCUCGGUCUACAGAAGAAGCAGGCCCCGUUCAACCACCAAGUCACCACGCGAACCAUCCAAUCCAUGAGCGACCAUUCGGACAGCUAUAUGGAUGAGAGCGCCAUCGACGACGAUGACGAGGACUCGGAAUGGGAGGACUCGAACGAGGAGAGCGGAAAGUCGAGCGUGGACGACGCUGUGACGUUCAAGAGGUACCCGUCCAAGGCUAACCUGACCUCUCGAAGGUCGUUGAUCAGCCUCAUGAUCGCCGAUCAGGAAGAGCGAACCAAGGGUCUCAGCAAUUACGCGUCUCACUCUACCCCUGCCAUUCCCCAACGCGCCCGAGCGCUGCACAACGUUGGCAAGAUGGCCCUCGUCUCUUCGCCGAACGACUCUGACCAUGGCCUGGAGAUGAGACGAGGACUCCGCCCCACGCCUCUGAAGCCCAUCAACGAGAACUGUAGGCCUGGAGCGCAGCCGAUCACGACGAACGUGCAGCACCACUGCCAAAACGCAGCUCUAUCGCCUAGGACUACUAGGAGGAACAUGUUAGCUACAGAGUUGACCGAAUCGCUCCGGCGCCAGCUCCUGUGGGAACGGCAGCAGAAGACCUCGACCGCGAACGCGGUCUUGAAGAGGCGCCACACCUCCCUCGACGUGGCCAACCUUAAGCAGUAUCCCGAGAAGGUGUACUUGGCCAAAGGGAAGGACGAACAGGAACCCAGCAGCUGGAACCAAUACUUCAGUCGCGACGACUGCGGCGGAUACCACGCCCAAGGCUGGUAAAUAAAGCCACCUUUUUUUUUUAUAAUUCGAGCCACAAUGCCGGGCAACCGAGCUUGCUGGCUAAAACACCCGACGGCAGACAUGAAACUGCCUUGUACAUUUCUGUUUCGGUUUUCUUUUCUUUUCGAAGCAUGGCGAGGCGGCAGUCAUACGGUACCGAUUUCAUUCAUGAGGCUGGCGUUUAAUGAUGUUUCCUAAUGACG